AUGCAAGCCAUUACUCCUGUCGAUGUUCAUAUUGAAAAUGAACGACGGGAUGGAUCGAACACUCAGAAAUACACUAAAGUAUCGACUCGUAGAGGUCGACAAGUGCCGCGAAUGCAUACACGUGUUAUGAACAAGACUAAAACUAAGAAAACAAAAACUAUAUUAUCACCAUCAUCUCAUAUUCCUAAACGAGUUGUUAUUCCUAAAUUAGUUGUACCAGUACGUUCUCAAAGUUCAUCACCGAAUCGAGAACCAUGGGUUCCAGCACCAGGUCGUUCAACAAAAGGACAAAAAGUUUCUUGGCAGAAUACAAAAUCACGUUUAGAAAUAAAUCCAGUUACAGAAAUUCUAAUUGAUGAUGAAGAUAGUUGGAAUACUGAACAUGAUAAACAAAAUACAACAAUUCCUUCUCAAACAAAUACUCGUUCAAUACAUAAUAAUAAUGAAAAAUUAAUGGCAGAAAUUCAAACUUAUGAAAAACGUAUUCAAAGCGUUAUUGAAGGCAUUGGAAUGCUUAGAGAACUUAUACGUAAAAAUGCUAAUCAAGAACAAACUGAUCAACUUCGUACAGAUAUCGAUUCAUCUUUGCUUGAAUUAGAACAAUUUCAACGCAAUCAUGCUCAACGUAUAUUCAAUUCAACAUCGAAAAUUUCACGUUCAAAAUCAUUAUCACCAAUACGUAAUAAUAAUAAUAAUCGUUCAUCAAGUGUUGAUGAACAACGACGAAGACGAAGUAUAACACCGAAAGUUUCAUUUUAUGAUGAUCCAAUUAAUGAAAGACGAAGAGCACGUAGUACAACACCAAUGCGAGGUCCAAUUCAUCUUAAUCCAGAUCGAGAACAAUUAUUAAUAACAUUAGCAGAUUCAGAAACUGAUAUUGCACAAAUUACAAAAAAAUUAUCUUCGGUUACAGAUAUUCUUAAAAAACUUAAACUCGAUGAUCAACAACCCGUAUCGUUUGAAGUUGAACAAUUGUAUCAACAACGAAAUGAACUAUUGCAUUUGAUUGAACAAUUUGAACGUUCAAAUAGUAAACUUAAAAAAUUUCUUCAACAUCAAUAUCAUUUAGAAGCUGAACAUGGAAUUAUGUAUGAUAAAUGUGAUACAUUAAAAACACAUAUUCAUGAAAUUGAAAAUGAAAAUCAACAAAUAAGACGUUUAUUAAUUGAUCGAGAAAAUGAUAAUAUUGCUUUACAAACAGAACUUGAACAAAUAAGAACACAAUCUAUUGGUUUUGAUACAAUGAAAACAUCCUUAGAACAAAAUCGUGCUCAUCUUCAACGUGAAUUAUAUACAAAAGAAGGAGAAAUUCAUCGUUUACAAUGUGCUCUACGAUCAUUGGAACGUGAUCUUCAACAUAGUCAUUGUCAAUGUGGUAAUCGUCAUCGACCUAUUAAGCGUAAACCAAGAUGUUCUACUUGUUUGUCUCCAUCAAAUUCUACAACUAAAACAAAAGCAAUAACAAUUGAACGAUUGCAAACGGAAUUAAAUGAUCGUGAUCAUCAAAUAAAUGAAUUAAAAAGAAAAUUAUGCAAUGAUAAUAAUAAUAAUGAACAACAAGAUGAUACAAAUUCAGAAAUUCAAAGUUUAAAAACAAAACUUGAACAAACUGAACAAUUAGUCAAUGAUUAUAGAGCACGAUUACAAACUCAAACAUUUAAAGCAUCAGCUAAUCAUAGUAAAAAUCAUUUAUCUGAAGUUGAACUAGAAAAAGUUCGUGGUCGAUUACAAAAACGUAUUGAAGAACUUGAACCAUUACCUGAAUUAUUAAAACAAGCCGAAAUAGAAAAAGAAAAACUUCAAAAAGACAUUGAUGAACUCAGAAAACGUUUACCUCGACAAUCAAAUUUUCUAAAUCAAACUCAAUUAACUGAUCGAAGUAAUUCUAAUCGUUCUUUACCUGAUGAUGACAUUCGAACUCUACAACGUGAUAUUUUUAGCAAAAUAAUUUCAUUGGAAGAAGAAAAUGAAAAAUUAUCAAAAAUGCUCAAUACAAAAGAAGAAGAAUUACGAAAUGCACAAUAUCGUCUAAAUGCUAAAACAUAUGAAUUCACAUCAAUAAAUAAGCAAGAUGAUUUGAAAACAACAGAUUUUAAAUUUCGAAAUGGUGCAUAUGGUUCUAAAGAACGUUUUCUUCCAAAAGAUACAUUUGAUCUUGAACAACAAAUAUCAAGACUUCGUCUUGAAUAUUCACAAUUAAAACACGAAAAAGAUGAACUUGAACGACGUUUUACAUCACAAUUAACUGAAUUACGUGAUAAACUCGAACAAUCAAAUAAUAAAAAUCGAACAAUGCAAAAUUAUAUUAAUUCAAUUAAAACAGCAUAUACAACUCUUUUUAAUGAUACACUUCCAGCAUCUUUAACACGAUAUACAACAACAUAA